AUGGCCUCCUUUCCCAACAAUUACAUACCUGCAUUUCCGUCUGAUCGCGCGAUCGAUGAGAGAGUCCAAGAAUUUGUAUCGAGAUUCUACGAGACAUCUGAUGACCCAACAAAGAAUGAAGAGUGGUUGGGAUAUUUCCUACCCGAUGCCGUAAUUAUUAUAGGCGACAAAUCGGCUAAGGGAACUGAAGGACUUCGGAAAUUCCGCCAAGGCAUGUGGGAACAUGUGGAACAACGAAGACAUACCCCGGAGAAGGUGUUUCCUGCUUCAUUUGGGGGAACCGGAGAUGGAGCUUAUGUUGAGUAUAUGCUUCAUGGUUCUUUGGAUCUAAUCACGAAAAAUGGCGAGAAGCAAGCUAUUUCUUGGGCGGGACGUGCGGUGCUGAAAGAUGUGGAGGGUAAUUUGAAGUAUCAAUACUAUGAGGUCUACUUGCAUAAGUGA